AUGGAAGAUAUUACUCCAGUAAAGGAGAUUGACUCAAUCAAGGACGAUUUCACAAUUAAGGUUCGCAUCAUACGUCUUUGGACUCAAAAGUCAAAAUUUGAUGCAAAUGACACAUACUCGAUUGAAACGAUUCCGAUGGAUGAGGAGGGAAGGAAAAUUCAUGCAUCUUGUCUGAAGAAAUGGUUUCCUAAAUUCCAGCGCUAUUUUAAAGAGGACACUUCAUUAUACAUCAGAAAACCUAAUGUCGCACCAAAAACUUCAAACUUUAACUUUGCUGAUCCGGACAGAAAACUUACUUUAAAUCCCGAUACAACUCUAAAAGAGUGUGAAAACUUUUCUGGUUCUGCACAUGGCUUUGCUUUUGUUGACUUCAAUACGAUUCUUUCUAACAACAUCGUGGAGUCAAACUAUAUUGGUUGGGAUACUAAGCUUAAGGUAACUUUGUGGGGUCAUAAUGCAUACUACAUGCAUGAUUUUCUUGCUAACAAUAACAUCAUUGCUCCAAUUGUUGUUAUUGUUCAAUUUGUCAAAGUGAAGUUUAUUAAUGGCCGUCCUUUUACAUCCACUUACUUUGAUGUUAGUAGGUUGUUCGUAAACAAUGAUAUCGAUGAAAUUACAAUCUACAAAAACAAACUGGUAUCUAAAAAAUGGACAACAACUUUCAUAAGGUGGAAUCAAGAUGAUUGCAUCAAAACAAGACACGAAAAAACGGUCGUUAUUGUUGGUACUGUUAAGGGAAUACGUCAAAACAUAUGUUGGUAUUACCUUGCUUGUAGCAACUGCAAAAAGUCAACAAAACAAAAAGAGUCUUCUACUGAUAAGGUUGAUGGUUCUCGUGAAGUGGCCGAAAUCGUUACUUAUGAAUGUGCUAAUCCUAAAUGCAAAAAUAUCAAAAUUUCGGUUAUUCCAAAAUUUAAAAUCUCACUUCGGGUUCACGACAACACAGGUACCUUGACGUUAACCUUAUUUGAUCAAGAAGCAAAGAAGUUGUUUAAAUAUACAGCUAAAGAGUUGUAUGAUAAAAACAAGAAGCUUGGCAUCAAUUUGGAUUUGUAUCCAAUGGAGUUGAAAGUUGUGGUGGACAAAAAGUUGGCAAUUAAGAUUGAUAUCUCAAGUUACAAUGUCACUAAUAAAAGUAAUAUUUAUGGGAUAUCAAGAUUAACCGAUAAUGAAGACAUAAUUGAUGAACUGGAAACAAAGAAUAUUAUUCCACAGCGUGCUAAUUCGGAUUCAUUCAUGAUUGGUUCUUCAGAUAUUGGUUACCAAGAGACCAAAGUUGUCAAGACAGGUGACAAUUUAACACCUUGUGUUAGGGACAACUCAACUGCAACAAGUCCUACAAAGUUGAUUUCUACACCAACUGAGUUGAAAAGAAACCUUGCUACAUGCAUAGAUCUUGAUGAAAUAGAUAAUUUGUCAACAUCUAAGUCUGCUCGAUUGUCACCACCGGAUGAACAACCAAUGCCUCUUUUGGUCCCCAAGAAAGAAAAGUAA